UUUGUUUGUUCGAGAAACUUUUUUUCAUCCACCUCCUUCGAAUUUUCAUGUUGCUGCGUCGUUUUGACCCCACCAACGAUUAGAAAAUUGAACAAUUCUGAAAAGGAGAUUUUUGAAGGAAAUUUUACUAGUGUAUGGCCAGGUUCAGUAUUUAUCUGUAGAGGGUUGGCAUCAGUUAAGUCAGCCGAGGGGGAAACAAAGAAUAAGUGCGUUCAAUGUUGGUACAGGAGAUACAGCCUAAUUUUAGGCAACUCAAAAAAAAAAUAUCAGCACAAGAGAGCUGGUACAGGGAGAGCGGAUAUAGUGAAUGCAGGGUCCAGGGAGAGCGGAUAUAGUGAAUGCAGGAUCUGGGGAGAGCGGAUAUAGUGAAUGCAGGGGUCCGGGGAGAGCGGAUAUAGUGAACGCAGGGUCCGGGGAGACCGGAUAUAGUGAAUGCAGGGUCCGGGGAGAGCAGAUAUAGUGAAUGCGGGGUCCGGGGACAGCGGAUAUAGUGAAUGCAGGGUCUGGGUAGACCGGAUAUAGUGAAUGUGGGUCCGGGGAGAGCGGAUAUAGUGAAUGCAGGGUCCGGGGAGACCAGAUAUAGUGAAUGCGGGGUCCAGGGAGACCGGAUAU